AGUGUGCCUAACUGCUUUCACUAUAUAUGAAACUUCCUUGUACCUGUCCUAUAAGUCAAUUCUCGGCAAUGUUGGGAUUGUUGUAAAUUUGUCAAUAAAUAUACAAAUCACUAUUCACUAAGAGACCAGUCUAAAAUCAAUUAUUGAACUAACAAAAUGAACUUAAUCAUAUAUUAAAAUCUUAUUCGAAUAAAUUAAUUAUACUCUAUCUCUGAACAGCUGGUGCCAAUGACAUGUAUGAAGCAAUAAUGGCAGAUUCCAUGGCAAAAAGGAUAUUAAAAAAAGAAACGGAGAAGAAUGUAGAAGUAACAAGACAAAGCGAGUCACCACCAGCUAAAAAAAAGAGGAAAUAUAAUCAGGGACAAUCAUCAUCGAAUGUUGACUCCAGAAACCCGAAAUUAGAAUCGGAUACCAAAGAGCAGACACUGGCACAAUUGAUGAAAGAGGUCCCCGAAACCAUCGCCACUAAAGUCCAGGAGCGAAUAAAAGAACUCGAGUUCUCAAGAGGAGAUGCGACGCAAGAAUGGCAAAAAUCUGGCAACGAUUUUAUUAUGAGUAUCUGGGACUUCGGAGGCCAGCCAAUAUAUCAUGUGAUACAACGAAUUUUUAUGGUAUCUUUUGCCAUUGUUUGUGUGGUAUUUAACCUAGAAGAUGAUCUUGACGUCCCCGCUGCAGUCUUCGAUCCAACCACUGGUGAUAAAUACGAACAUCGGAUGACAAACCUUGAGUUCAUUCUGUACUGGAUUCGUUCAGUAUAUACAAACAGUAGGGAUUCAGAAUUGGAAGAUGGACAACCUUCACCACCAGUACUAGUGAUUGGUACUCACCUAGGCAGCCUCAAGGGGAAUGAAGAGGAAAAGAAAAGAAAGGUAAACAACUACAUCAUACACCCAAACACCAAGUAAACAAUAAAACAGUGUAAAGUACGUAACAUAUCAUAAAUAAACCACAAACAAAAUAGAAGGUAAUAAGUUAGACCAAAUAAAUUAAAUGUGUACAAGUUAUAUACUUGAUACUUACUUGAUUGUAGUGGGAAAGGAUUAGGCCUCAGUGGCAUUUGUAACCCCACAAAGCAGUUCACCGAGGGAGCCAGAACAACAUCUUCAGGGAGAGAAUUCAAAGUAUUAUUGAUUUUGAGAAAAGAAAU